AUGCGGGAGGCGGAGGCGGUAGCAGCACCAGCAACAGCAUCUUCUACACUAAAAAGCUACCUCAAAAUUGUCAUUUCGUCAUUUAAGAAAUCCAGCAACCAGCCGACGGAAACUUUGAAAAGUUCCGCGUUCCACCACCACACCAUGGCCAGCAAGGCGGCGUCCAGAAAGUUUCCAGAAGUCCAAGGCGGUGGAAGUCUUAUUCUAGCCUGGCAGAUCAAGGGCAAGAAGGUCUUGGUCGUUGGCGGUGGCGAGGUCGCUUCUGGUCGAAUUCUCAACUGUCUCAAUGCCGAUGCCAGCGUUACCGUCGUUUGCCCGGCAUCGGGCUUCAACCCCGAGGUAGCGCACCGUGUUGCGCAGGGUCAAGUCACCCAUGUCGACCGCCUCUUCGAACCCUCCGACCUCGAUGGCGCAGAUAUGGUUCUUGUGGCCAUUGACGACCCUGCUGCCUCUACAACAAUCUGGAAACUGUGCAAGGAGAGGAGAAUACCCGCCAACAUUGCCGAUGUGCCUCCCGAGUGCGACUUCUACUUUGGUAGCGUCCACCGAGAUGGCCCGCUUCAGAUCAUGGUUAGCACCAACGGCAAGGGGCCCAGGUUAGCUGCCAUUAUACGACGGUAUAUCGCCAAGCAGCUGCCCAAGAAUGCUGGAAAUGCCAUUGAGGCUAUUGGAACCCUGAGAGGAAAGUUGCGCAAGAUUGCUCCGAACCCAGAGGAGAGUCCCAAGCGCAUGGGCUGGAUGACCAAGGUCAGCAACUCGUACGACUGGGAGGAGAUGUGCGACUUAACAGACGAAGAUAUGGAGAACCUGCUCAAGUUCUACGCCCCCAAUACAGUGCCAUCAAUCGACGAGCUUAUGGCCAUGAGGAAAAACCCUGGCUUCAACACGGCAGACGUAUUCGAUGGUUCGUUCGGCUUCAGCGUGGGGUGCUAG